AUGGACAACCACAAAAAUGGCGGCAACACUGGUGUGGAACUCCCCCGCCCGCCGUCCACCGGCGGAGUAGGAGGAGGAGGAGAACAUGAAGAAGAAGCAGAAGCAGAAGCAGAAGAAGAAGAAGAAGAAGAAGAAGAAGAAGAAGAAGAAGAAGACGAAGAAGAAGAAGAAGAAGAAGAAGAAGAAGAAGACGAAGUAGAAGAAGAAGAUGACGAAGAAGAGGAGGAGGAGGAGAAUCGAUGGGAAGUGGAGGCAAGGGGAGAAGAGGACAACGGACAAGAAGCUGAAAUAGCGGAGGAGGAGGAGGAGGAGGAAGAAGAAGUCGAUUACGCGCUGGAACCCGAUCCUCAUCUACGCGUUUCGAGAAGGCCGUUUACCAGCCUGAGCCAAGUCGAGGCGGACCUUGCGCUCGCCAGGAGGCUACAGGAGCAGGUUAGGGUUUUCUAGCUUGUUCGUAUUUUGCGGUCUUGGAUCAUUUCUUUUCUGCCAUACUGAUGUUGGAGUAUCGCGGCGGGAACACAGGAAAGGGCUUACAUGAUGCUAACAAUGGGAGGAGUGGGUGGUGUUGCCAGUGACUUUGUGGACUCUGAGUCUGGGAGCGAAUACGAGCUUCAUUACGCGGAUGAAGAAGAGGAUGAUAAUUACUCAUUGGACCAUGAAACUGUGAAGAAGAGGAUGAUAAUUACUCAUUGGACCAUGAAACUGUCGAGGAAAGUGACUACAACGAAGAUGCAUCUGGUGCUCGCAACGUCUCCAUUGUCAUGAACCCAUCUGCUUUCGACGAUGAUGAGGCGUAUGCGAGAGCGCUGCAGGAUGCAGAGGAGCGAGAAGUGGCUGUUCAGUUUAUGGCCCUUGCCGGGAUCAAUGAGUGUCAGUGCGUUACUCUUAAUGUUUAAUUUUAACGUUGUCGGUUUUUUAAGUCCAGUGAACUUGGUGUAUGCAGGGAUUUCGGAAGACACAAUAGAACACCGCAGGAACUCUCAGGUGAUUGGGAUUUUUUCCUCACUUAUGUUACCGUACCUAACAGGGAUUCUGUUCAUUUCUUUCUUUGUUAAUGAUUCCUUGUAAAGUCAUUUUUUUAUCAUUGCUGUCCUUGCUUCAGAGCCUUGCAUAGCAUGUGUCAUCAUUUUGGUGGUUCUGACCACACUGCCCCCCCUCUGCAGCAAGUUUUUUUUCAAACAGAGUCGUUUCCCCUUUUUAGGUAUUAUAUGCCUGCUGAUCCAAAAAUAUUCUCCACGAUUUAUGAUUAAUAUUUCUAGCUUGAAUUUUAUCGCACAAAAUAUCUCAACCGAUUGAGCAUUAUCCUUGUGAUUUGAGUUCUUGUAAUGCAUUCUUCAGGCAUUACGUGCAUUAGGCUGAUUCUCUUAGCAUGUUGUUUUUAGUUCUUCACUCUUUCCUGCCUGAUGUUAUUCCAUUCACUGUGUUUUCAUAAGUCUACCAAACGAGAGGGAGACCGGAUACUACUGCUACAGCCCUCUAAGAUGAGAGAAAUACUCUCCUCUUCUGAGACAAUCGUAGCUUGUCCUAUCAUACAGUGUUUCCUUCCUCAAAUCCUUGCCUAUGCAAUGGUUCGACAUUUAUAUUGUUGUGUUUAUCAGCGUCUUGCUAUUUUUUUAAUUUAACUUCGAAAGAAAAAAAAACUCAUACUUUGGGCUAACUGUCCACUUUUUGGGGGAUGAACCUUAGUUGAUAAGAAAUCAACUCUUUGAUAAUUAGAGAUCUCUAUCUAAACCUUUUGAAUAUAGUCAUAAAAUCUUUCCUGGGAGGCUCUCAAUGCCACUGGCAGAACCUCCAGGAAAAUCCACCUGAUUCAAGGAUUUCUUAUGUUCUAUGCUAAUGCCAUCUUCCUUGGACUCCAUAAAUAUGGUCCAAUUAAUUUCGUAGUCCUUUCUGCUUAAAACUUGUGUAGAGUCCCAAUUUCCGUUUUUAAUAUCCAGAUGCUUUCGUUUAUGGAAAAUUUCUUGGAGAUGUUAAGAUACAUCUUGAAUUUCACCUUCUUGACAAUCACUCUGAUAUCAAAUUCUCUCAUUUGUCCCCUGUUCCAGUACAUCCAUUCCAUUAUGGCAUCAAUAAUUCUCCCCUCAAACUCCACUUAUUUAUGGGAGUCUACCUUCAUCCAUCGGCGGAAGCCCAUUUGUGGGAGUCGCUUCCAUGUGUCAGUUGUGUCCGCUUAUUUAUGUUGGACUCCCUAGGGCUUUUCCUGUCAUUGCUUCAUCUGCUUAGGGCUUUCAGCUGUUGACCUCAGGACAUGGUUUUUCCUUCCACCUGGCUUAGUGUUCAUCAUUAUAUGGUUUUCUCUGUUCUUUGUGGGAAUGGUACCAAAAAUGGCUUCUUUACAUGGAAUUGGAUUCUUUAUCUCAAGUUUUUCUCUCCCCACCUUCUGGACCACUUCAGAGGAUUGCUGUGACUCAUGAAAAAUUAAUCGUUUUGUGUUGUUGCCAAGCGUGUGAGGUUUAUCGAUUUGUUCAUAUUCACUCACAUUUGCAACUUUGAUCGUUUCGUUAUCUCUCUCUAUCUUGUUUCCUUGCAGUAUUAGGGUAUUUCUUCCCAAGAUCACUCAUCUUAAUUAUUUUCCUUGUAACAAGGAUCCCGUGUGUAUGAUGAAGAUACACAUAUGAACACAUUUAUUCAUUCAUAUUACAGAAUAAUCAAUUUAAGUUAGUUCGACCUGGAUGAAAAUAUGCUGUUCGCGUCCUAGAGAAUCCAAAACUUGCUUUUCGUAGUCUUUAACAUAUAUGUCUCCAUGUUAGUCGUGUCUCCAAACAAACAAUGGCCGAGCAUCCAUUUAAAUUUCAUAAAUGUUCGCUGAAUUAUAUUAAACAACUGAAAGCUAAGUAUGCUUUUUUUGUUCUGGGCAUUGUUUUUAAACUAUACAUGACUUGAAAUGUCCUUUGUUUCCUCUAACCAGGCUACUGCAUAUGACAAGGAAAAUAAACUUAACUCUUUGAAAUGUUGAUUGAUAUCGUUUUAAGUUACAAAACCUGCUCAUUAUGUCAAGGCGCCUCAAUUUAGUAUUUGGUGGCUUGCCUGCACCUGUGAACUGGGUGCAAUGAUCGUGGAAGCCAAUGGACGAGAUUGCUUGGAUUAUAUAUAUAUAUAUAUAUAUAUAUAUAUAUACAUUGAUUUAUUGUGGAGAGUGCAAAAAGAAAAAAAAGAGGAAAGGAGCACACCUUUUUACCCCUUGACAUGAACUCGUGAAAUUCUUGUUUACCUUUUAUGAUAUGCUUUUCAAGAAGAGAAACAUUUGUGUAUCGUAUGCUUUUCUCUCUCUCUCUCUCUCUCUGUCUCUGUCUCUCUCUUCCCUCCAACAGUGAUCCAAUGCUCUGGGAACUAAUCCACUUAUGGAACAUGAAACAGCUGUGCUGAGCACCCCUAGCAAAUAUCUUACUGUUGCAACCGCUAGUACUAGAAUGCAUUAACUAUUGUUCUCGUCAAAUCUGGAAGAUUUGAUAAUCGAAUUUAAUUGUGAUCAGUGAAAGCCAUUUAACUGAAGUUUUCUGGUGACCUAAAUGAAUUUUCUCUUUUUUUCUUUAGGAUACAUGGUUGGAGGUUGAUCCAGAUGAAUUGUCAUAUGAGGUAUUUAAUCCAUCUUAGCAUAUUUGAUGCCUGGAUUCAACACUUCUUCUUCUAUAUAUGUUGACGUUGUUUUGUCAUUUUAGGAACUUAUUGCCUUGGGUGAAGCUGUGGGAACUGAGAACAGGGGUCUCACUGCUGAUACAAUUGCUUCGUUGCCUUCUGUCAGUUACAAAGCCCAAAUUUCUGAAGAAGGAAGCAACGAACAGUGAGUAAACACUCUCCUCCAUUUGUUUGAUAAAUUUUAUACUGCGAGGAACCUCAUUAUAGACCCAUUUCCAGAUGUGUCAUCUGUCGCCUUGACUAUGCUGACGGCGAGGCCCUAGUUGUCCUUUCUUGCAAACAUCUGUACCACCCUGAGUGCAUUAAUCAGUGGCUUCAAAUAAACAAGGUACCUAUGAAGUUCUUGCUUUUGCCAGAUUUUAGAAUGAUGCCCUGCUAUUUUAUUUUUUUGUGUUCAUUUUCCUCAUUCUGUCACUACCCUUGUCAGAAAAGCUGACUCACCUAGAUAUCAGAGGAUGCUUCGAUUUGUUGACUUUUAGUAGGCUAUGGACUAGUGCUAGUUGACAUCACCAUUAUCACUGCGUUUCGCUGAGAUCUUAGUUGGCGUACAUAGCAGACUGACAAGCUGAUCCCAUAACUUGAGCCUAGAUGCGUACAAAGCAAUGUUGAAGCACACUUAAAUGACACACUGCAGCCUCUCCAUCCCUCUCUGAUUUGUUUUUAAUCAUCGGAUGGAUGGAUAUAUAGAUAAAUUCCACGGUACACCAUUUCGCAUGUAUAGCUAUGCUGCUGCAUAUUAUCCACACAGGGAGCGGUACUGCAUUACUAUCUUAUGCCACAAGUCUAUCAUAAGUCUUUCUUAAUCAGAUAUUCAGUAGUUUCGGUUACUUUUUUUUGUACUGUUGAAGCACUAAAGUAUCAAACUGGUGUUACAAGAUUUUAGAGGAUUCAAAAAAGGGCUUUACCUUCAAUCUUUCCGUUGUAAGCUACUGGAAUGUUUUUUUAUUCGCAUAUUCAUGAACCGUUGGCGAAUUGAUGAAUCGCCUAAGAAUCUCCGCUGAAGCUCUUGUGUCUAGUAAAUGGUCGUGUUCUUCCUUUUGCAGUAAAACACUUGUGCCCAUGCAGGUAUGCCCAAUCUGCAGUGCUGAAGUUUCCACAUCAGAAAAUGCGCCGGAAUGA